AUGUCGAAAAACGCAUAUGCUCGUCGCGAAGUAUGCAAUCGGCGUAUGCAAGAAUUACACGACCUCUCCCUACAAGCCGCGACCGACGCGGCAAUACGAGCGACCUUCCACGCUCGCUACUCGAGCGUAGCGAAGAUCGCGGACGAUUUUGAGGCCACCCACCUGAAGGUCAUCCAAGAAGCGGCGGAUUUCGAGGUCGAGGACGAAAUCCGAGCCAGUUUCGAUAAAAUGCAUUACGCCGUAAAGAGUCGAUAUCACCGUGAAACGGGCCGUGAAACGCCAUUCGGAGGCGCGCCGGCACAGCCCUCGGGUCAGGCCUCGGUGGUCAAGUUGCCUAAGAUCCCGCUACCGCAGUUUUCCGGCGACCUUACGUUGUGGCCUUCCUUCAUCGCGUUGUUCAACGCGUCGAUACACAACCAGCAGAUUUCCGCGAUAGAGAAAUACCAGUAUCUGCUGGCUUCACUCAAAGGGGAACCACUCAAUGUGGUGAAAAACCUGCCGUUUUCCGAUGAGUACUAUCUGAUCGCUUACGACUCGCUGGUCGAUCGAUACCGGAAUAAGAGAAGGUUAGCGGACCAUCACUUGAAUUCGAUAAUCGAGGCAAAGCCAUUGAAGGCGGAGAUGGCCGAGGCUCUUCACCACUUAUUAGAUACGUUUACCGAGAACACGCGCGCGCUCGCAUUGAUGAAUUUCCCUACCGAUUCAUGGGACUUUAUCCUACUGAAGUUUUUGUUAGACAAGCUUCCUCGUUUCCUUCGGGAAAAAUUCGAGUCGGCUCACCGGGCUGAGGAGAUACCGCGAUAUACACAACUCACGAAAUUUCUAGCGGAGCAUUGUCGGGUUCUCGAGGCCGUCGCGGGCCCGUCCUCCAAAACCAAGUCCACACCGGUCUCUUCGUUCGUGACUAACGCGUCCGAUUGCCCCGUUU